CCGGGCCCGCCGCCGCCGCACGCCUAUCCGUUCGCGCCGGCCGCCGGGGCCGCCACCAGCGCCGCCGCCGAGCCCGAGGGCCCCGGGGCCAGCUGCGCGGCCGCCGGCAAGGCGCCGGUGAAGAAGAACGCGAAGGUGGCCAGCGUGAGCGUGCAGCUGGAGAUGAAGGCGCUGUGGGACGAGUUCAAUCAGCUGGGCACCGAGAUGAUCGUCACCAAGGCCGGCAGGCGCAUGUUCCCCACCUUCCAAGUGAAGCUCUUCGGCAUGGACCCCAUGGCCGACUACAUGCUCCUCAUGGACUUUGUGCCUGUGGACGACAAGCGCUACCGGUAUGCCUUCCACAGCUCCUCGUGGCUGGUGGCCGGGAAGGCGGACCCUGCCACGCCAGGCCGUGUGCACUACCACCCUGACUCGCCCGCCAAGGGUGCACAGUGGAUGAAGCAAAUUGUGUCCUUCGACAAGCUCAAGCUGACUAACAACCUGCUGGACGACAACGGCCACAUUAUUCUCAACUCCAUGCACAGAUACCAGCCCCGCUUCCAUGUUGUCUACGUGGACCCCCGAAAAGAUAGUGAGAAAUACGCCGAGGAGAACUUCAAAACCUUCGUGUUCGAGGAGACGCGCUUCACCGCGGUCACUGCCUACCAGAACCACCGGAUCACGCAGCUCAAGAUCGCCAGCAACCCUUUCGCCAAAGGCUUCAGAGACUGCGACCCUGAGGACUGGCCCCGGAACCACCGGCCCGGGGCCCUGCCGCUCAUGAGUGCCUUCGCGCGCUCGCGGAACCCGGUGGCCUCGCCCACGCCGCCCAACGGCGCGGAGAAAGACGCGGCCGAGGCUCGGCGAGAAUUCGAGCGCGACGCGGGCGGGCCGGCCGUGCUCGGGGACCCGGCGCACCCGCCGCAGCUGCUGGCGCGGGUGCUGAGCCCCGCGCUGCCCGGGGCCGGGGGCGCCGGCGGCCUCGUCCCGCUGCCCGGAGCGCCCGGAGGCCGGCCCAGCCCCCCGCACUCCGAGCUGCGCCUGGAGGCGCCCGGCGCGUCGGAGCCGCUGCACCACCACCCCUACAAGUACCCGGCCGCCGCCUACGACCACUACCUCGGGGCCAAGAGCCGGCCGGCGCCCUACCCGCUGCCCGGCCUGCGCGGCCACAGCUACCACCCGCACGCGCACCCGCACCACCACCACCACCACCCCGCCGUGAGCCCCGCCGCGGCCGCCGCCGCCGCCGCCGCCGCCGCGGCCGCCGCCAACAUGUACUCGUCGGCCGGGGCCGCACCGCCCGGCUCCUACGACUACUGCCCCAGAUAACCGGGCGCCUGCACAGCCCGGGGGCCGGCAGAAAACGCGCUCCCCCAGCCCCGGGGCCACCGCGGGCUCCCCUUCCCCUGCCUCGAAGCCAUCAGGGUCCUAAGCCCUCCAGCCUCGAGAGCCGUGGAAGUGUCCGGCUCCCCAGUCCGGGAGCCACCGCGGGUCCCUCCCCAGCCCCGGGGACCCGGGUCUGCCCGCCAGUGCCAAAGCGCCGGUUAGCGGCGGAAAGAAGUGUAUUUAUUGUUCUCUGCGAGACCGUGUCAGUUGCAGUGUAGACGACCCGAGAGCUCCGUCUGCAGGCCGUGUAGAUAAUUGUAGAUACUGUAGAUACCGCGCCGGCGCCCACUUGAUAAAUGGUUUCGCCUCUUUUGGAAGCUG